AUGCGCACUCCCUUCUUCCUUGCCUCACUAGGCCUCCUAGCAUCUGCCGCGGACCCUCAACCCUCUGGCGCACCAGGUGGCACCUCUUUCGACUGCGGCACAGGCACCCAGUCCGCCGACCAGAGCUUCCUGGACACCAUCCAACAACUGCACAAUGGCAAAGCAAAAGGCAGUCUUGCUGCCCGCGCUGCUGAGCUCGCUGCCCGCGACGAUCCCAUUAAAAUCGAAGCUGUCUUCCAUAUCGUCAUGACCGACGCCGCCAAAGACUCCAUCACCAACGCCAUGCCUCAAGCACAGCUGGAUGCUAUGAACGCAGCUUACAACCCGUACAACAUUAACUUCGAGCUGCAAAACGUGACAUGGAACACAAACGACGCGUGGGCCGUGGGCAAAAAGGACGACGACACCGACAUGAAGAAGCAGCUCCGCCAGGGCACGUACAACACGCUCAACCUCUACUUCCAAACCGAUCUCUCUGGCGGCGUGCUGGGCCGGUGUACGCUCCCCAGCGCCAUUGGCAACGGCAAGGGCGACCCGACCGUAUAUGCCGGCGACGGGUGCAACAUCAACGCCAACACAAUGCCUGAUGGCCUGAUGGACGGUUUCAACAAGGGAAAGACCGCAGUACACGAGACGGGUCACUGGCUCGGCCUACUGCACACCUUCGAAGGCUACUCAUGCGACGGACCCGGUGACUACAUUGACGACACCCCCGUCGAGAGCACCGCCACCGAUGGCUGUCCCAUCGAUCCCAAGAAGCAGAGCUGCCCUACCCAGCAGAAGCCCGGCGAGAGCGAUCCUAUUCACAACUACAUGGACUACUCCAUCGACGAUUGCUACGAGGGCUUCACCGACCUGCAGGUGCAGCGGAUGAAGAGCAUGUGGAGCAUGUUCCGGGAUGGCAACUAG